CAAAAAGACGUUUCCUCUGCUCAUACACAUUCUGUCUGCUGCUCCCUGCAAUGGAAGCGUUUCCGGAUUAUGAGGUUAAAAGUGGCAAAUCAUUUUAUGUAAAUGUUCCUGAAGACAAAGUUGUGAUUCUUACAAAGGCUUAUCUUAAAGAAGAUACGGAGAGAGUAGACAAAGACAAAACAAUUUAUUUGCGCCUUAGAGUUGAUGGAAGAAGGCUGGUAGCUGGAAGCCUUCACACUCAAAGGCGGCGUGAACAAGUAUUGAGUUUGACUAUUGACAAAGAUUUUCAGAUCUCACACAGUUUAAGCAAUGGCAGUGUCCACUUCUCUGCCAGCCAUAGCUGA